AUGGCUAGAAAAGAAUUGCUGCUACUCCAGAUCAUCCUGGUGGCUUUUCUGGCCCCAGGGGUGCAGCCUCAGCCUCUGACCCCAGAGGAGAGGACGCGUGUGGAUGAGUUUAUGAGAGAGGUGAGGGAGUGCUCCAGCCACACAGGCAUGAUUGUAAGCAUGGUGCGUGGGGGAGAGACUGUCUUCACAGGAGCUUAUGGAUUAGCAGUAGAUAAUGAGGGCACAGAGAAUGACAUCCCUGCUACUACUUCCACUGUGUUUCCUAUAGCUUCCUGCUCUAAGCACUUCACAGGAACCAUUAUUGGACAUGUCUUGCAGAACACCAACUACGACUGGGAUACUCCAGUGCACCAAAUACUGAGAGAUCAGGGUGAGGAUGUAUAUUUCAUUGAUAUGCUACGGACCAAUGAGAUGAGUCUGAGAGACCUGUUGGCCCACAGGCAUGGUAUACCAGGCCAUGAUGUCAUCCUGGCAGCAAACACAUUCAGCAGAGAGGAACUCAUGCAACGAAUCCGCUUCCUGAAACCGACAUCACCAAUAAGAAAUAACUACGAUUACAAUAACAUCCUCUAUGGACUAGCAGCUUAUGUUGUCGAGAAAAUCUCUGGAAAAACAUGGGACCAACUUCUCAAAGAAGAAUUCUGGGAUAAAUUGGGGAUGACCAGGACAUCAACAUUGUUGCUUGGGAAUAGUACUGGCUAUGAUGGGUGGGCUAGAGGGCAUGUGAGCCUCCUGGGAGAAAGCAUCCUUGGACCACUGGACAUGGCACGAUUUGGAGGGGUUGCCCGUGGAGCUGCUGGUGCUGGGGGAGUAGCAAUUACAGCAGAGGACUGGGGGCGCUGGAUGAACUUCCAGAUGCACAACAUACAAGAAGAAAUUACACAUCCUCAGAUCAUUGAUGAUGUCAGGAGUACUUCACAAAUUACGAGGCGACUAGUGAGACGUGGCAGCACGAAGCCUGACAGACCAUGGUUCAGGGGCAAUGUAGGCUACGGACUGGGUUGGGGCAUGGGCUGGUAUAGAGGCAACCCAACAGUAUCACAUGGAGGAAGUCUUCUGUUCUAUACAUCAAGCAUGGGAAUGCUUCCAUAUAGGAACAUAGGGGUGGGCAUGGCAGUUAACAACCCAGGCAGUCCCAGUAGGGCCUCCCAGUUUGCCAUGGAUAUCCUUCUUGGGGUAGAGCCAACUGUUAACAUAUCUACAGUGUGUGGCCUUAUACAGAAAGACAAAGAGGAACAAGAGGCUGAUCUUGAAAAUGAAGAUGGAAUGGAUGAAGACUUCCCAGGGAUGAAACUAAUGCUGCAGGGAAUCAUCCGCAAUCUCCCUAAAGAUGAACUCAACCAACUAAAAAAGGCAGUCAAGCAAAAGAAAACACAUAAUCUAUUUAUGGAUAAACACAUGAACAAGCUCUUCAAAGCUCUGGCUGAUAUGGAUGAAAAUCCACGACGUAAGGUGAAAAAACUUAGGAAACGUCGUCAGGCAGGGCGCCCUCUGGAUGCCUACACAGGGACCUUCGGUAACUUUGCCUAUGGGAAUGUGACCAUUUCUAUAUACCCUGAUGAUCCCGAUGAUGACUUCACAGGUGACCUUAUGUUGACAUAUGGCCAGAUAGAGUUGACUCUAGAUAGAGAUGAAGAAAACCCUGAUAAGUUUGACAUCAGUAUCCUGGGCCUAGUUGAAAUAUUUGGUGACCAGGUUACAUUCUGGGGCUCUGGGCCUGAUGGAAACAUAGACAGGGCAGAGAUCCCUCUUGACCCCAGGGAUGGGCCAUACAGCUAUGCUAGGGACCGUAUGUUUUCAGAUGCUCCGCCACCAAACACAGGAAACUGUCCAAACCCUCCGGUUUGCUUAGAGACAUAAGCAGAUGAUGGUGGGAAUGUAUUACAGCUGAACAAAAGACACCCUUAUACUCAUAUAGUGCAGCUAAUAAAUGAUAAUGUUUAUAACUUACCAUUUCUAAUUUAGGACAGGACUAUAUAUAUGUCAAAUAAAUGUACAUUGACUUUUUAAAUCAAG